UGGAGCAGCCGCGUUUGGUGAGUGACAGCCGCCUGAUGAUGGGACCCUGAGACCCGGAGCCGCUCCCGACACCGGUCACAUACAGAUUCUGUCGGCACAAGUCUAUUAUAAAGAAAAUUGCUGAGGAUUCUCCGCUCGGAUUGCAGAGGCAUUAACAAUGAAGCACUUCAUGAAGAUGGUGGUUCAGGUGUGGUUGUACUUCUACUGUAUCUGUCUUUGGCGUUGUCUGAAGUUCAUUCUGAGAAAGCUGACCGGAAGGUGUGAGCUGCAGAGAAUCUGCUACAAGAACAAGCCUGGUGCUGGACGGACCUUAAAAUUGGAAUCUUCCUUGAAGUCAUCAAAAAGUAAGCUCCUGCAGUCGGCAGUCGCAGUGCACCCUGAUGCCAUUGAAAAAUCCAUAGAAGAUAUCCUGACGCUGAAGAAAGUGAAUGUGGACAGCAACCCGCAGUUGUCAGUGUCUCUUCAAGCUUGUCUUCUCCAGAUUGUGGGCUACAGGAAUCUAACCGUAGAGGUGGAAAAACUGCGCCGGGAGGCAUACGAUUCAGAUAACCCACAGCAUGAGGAGAUGCUUAUUAAGCUGUGGAAAAUGCUGAAACCUGGUGUUCCUCUGGAAGCGCGGGUCUCUAAGCAAUGGUGUGAAAUUGGUUUCCAAGGCGAUGACCCAAAAACAGAUUUUAGAGGAAUGGGUCUCCUGGGACUGUACAACUUGGUAUACUUUGCAGAAAAAGACACUAACUCCGCUCUUCAGAUUCUUUCUGACUCCCUUCAGCCCAAAUGCAGGGAUGUCAGUAAAGAGGACUUCAGUAAAAUCAGCAAAAUGGAAUGGGAAAUGAAAAAGUUUGACAAGGCCAUUGGAUAUUCCUUUGCCAUUGUUGGAAUUAAUAUUACUGACCUGGCCUACAACCUGCUGAUAAGUGGGGCUCUCAAGACACAUCUGUACAAUGUGGCCCCAGAAGCUCCGUCCUUGCAUCAUUUCCAGCAAACUUUCUGUUUUCUUAUGCAUGAGUUUCAUAAAUUUUGGAUUGAAGAAGAUCCCUUGGACAUAAUGGAGUUCAAUCGUGUGCGCAACAAGUUUCACAAGCGUAUCUUAAAGCAGCUUCAGAAGACGGACAUGGCUUUGUGUCCCCACUUCGCGGCCUCGGAAAGCUUGGUCAACGUGUAGUCAUCUACAUUGUAGAAUUCCAGAUCACUGCCUCACUGUUGUGUUCAUUAUCAUGGCGGCCGUGCUGUAUGACCACAUCGAUUGUAUGCAUGCUUUUUUUGGUAAAGUACUCAUCUCUGUUUUGAUGAUAACAUAUAAAUCCCUGGGCUUUUAGGUGUCACGGGAUUUUCUCAUUUUAAUGGUUGCGCAUAUUGCGGGUUACGCAGUGUUAUAUUUUCAUCUGACAUGAGAGUUUUCUAUUUUUUUAGAGUGUAUUUUUUUCUCAUAGGUAAACAUUGAGGAGUUGUAUUUAUGUUUGACCAAGCCAGCACUUGUACUGUAAGCAUUUUAUGAUCCCUAAAAUUUCUACUGACCUGUUGCUACGUUUUACAUAACUGAAAUGUCUUAUAUACUGUAUAUACACUGCUUCACCAUUCUACAGCCUAAACAUAAUCUAUAGUUGUGUCGUAAGAAGGUAACAAGUGCUAAUAUGAACAGCUUGAAGGGGCUAAAGUGAAGGAAAUUUGUGUAAGUGCCCUCGUUUGUUCCUCCCCCAAUACUCCCUCAAUUGAGUAUUCUGUAGUUAUAAGGUCCAAAUGAUAAAGACUCCAGUUUCAUAAUUCUAGAUGAUAGAUGGCCAUAGUAAGGUCACAUUGCUGUGUGGUUAUGUAUAGCAGGGCUCUCAAAUUUCUAAGAUAAUGCUCCUUCUUCUGCAUUAGUUCAUGUUGGCACUGUAUACAAAAAGUUGUCUAGAAAAUUCCAUGCCAUAAGGCAGCUUAUUUUUCACCAUUACUUCUACCUUAUGUUCUACCUUAGCUUGCACCAGGUAUUUAAAUUGUUUGUCUGAUUUAGAAAACCUAUUUUCAAAUACCCUACUGAGGAAUUAUGUUUUUUUUUAGAGGUAUUAGAGAUUGACCUUCAUCUAUUUUCUAGAUUUUAGAGUGGCUACAAAGAGUGACUCUCAUUUAAGAGGGUCCACCACAUACAUGCAUUACACCAACAGUCCACUGCUUUCAGUGGACACCAAGUAAUGCUUAAUUUCACCUGUGGUGGUACUGCAGGAUAAUUGAUCACUUGCUGCUGGGUUCUCCUGCAGUUUACAGUUCAUCGCUGGCGGUCUCAGCAUUAGACUGUAUGUGACCAGUUUAUCUUCAGGGGACCUUAAAUGGAUGACCUCUUUAGGCAGACCAUGCAUGUUUUUCUCAUAAUAACCCACCAGACUAAUAAUAAUUAAAGUGGGUAAUUAUCAGACAUAGUGGAAACAAUCCAAGUUGGGCUGAUUUUAUGGGCAUCUUUGAACUCCAAUGACCGGCUCCACUGGAGCCAGACCUCAUUUAGUCAGUCAUCCAGAGGGGUGAUCUAUGAUGGCCAAAUUGGCAGGAUCUAUAUGCGCUUGGUAGUAUUAGGACAUGGUUUACUGGUCUUUGUUCUAGAAUCUAGAUAUUCUAAACCAUCAUGGACAUUAUAACUAUAUACCAUAUGUAUUGAGGAACACAAGAAUGUAAACCAAUAAGGAAAAGUUUCAUAGUCUCAAAAGUCAGGACCAUCCAAAUAUAAUAAGAUGUAUAAUGUAAUAAUUUUCCUUAAUUGUAUCACUGAUUCCAUCUUCCGUCUGCAAAAUUAAUAUUUGGGUGCUUACUGGCCUUAUGACUUGUAUAAUACUUUAAAAAAAUUGUGAAUCUUUUUAUUGGCUUCCACAUACUGGUGGUGCACAUCUCCUAAAGAAACCAUCAGGUUAGACAGAGCAAGGAUAAGGAUCAGGUGAAGUAGGCAUCUAUUUUUUGUACCAUUGAGAAGGCUGGUUUUGAGCUGGUAGAGGAGCUGUAGGAACCACCAGACCUUGCCUACAGAUAUGAUGUACGUUGGCCAGUUUGACCCUGCACAAGUAUGGAGGGAACAGGGUAGUAUUACAUGAGGAAAGUCAAGGACUGAGGCUGGGAGGUCACAUUCUGAACCCCUCUACUUAGGGCACCAAGAAAGCUUGUGCUGCUUCUGAUGUCCGACAGGAAAAAUUCAACCCAUCCAACCUUUGUUUCAUUGAUGGCAGCCCUCAGGCAACAGUUUGUUAGUCCCCAUAAACUUUACUUAUGAUGUAAGUUAGAUAGCUGUCACCUGAAAACUUGUUCAAAGUCUCUCCUGAAUCCCUCAUACACAAUCUUGGCUAAGUGCAGAAAGCCACUGCCUGAGAACAAAAGGAUCAAGCAUGUUGAACUACAACGACCUAGUCCUUCUUUCUUCGCAAGCAUAUAUUAACCCCAUCAGUAAUUUAACCAGAAAAUGUCCUUACCAAGGUGACAUCAAUUACCUUAGAGCAGUUUCCACCUUCUAAUAUACGGUAUUUAUGCCCAGAAAAGUUCUCAGAGUAUAUCACAGUAUAUUAUAUCUACGAUCUCUUCUUAACACUAGAUAAAUAAAUCUAUUUUGUCAGGAUACAAACUCUUUGGGAGUAAAUUUUGAUGUAAAGCAUUAUAUUUUACAAACUUUUUAACAAUUAUUGAACACUUUGUAUAUUUGCCUAUUUUAGAGACAUUUCUCCAAUUUUUGAAAGAUGAGGAAUAAUCUCUUUACAACAGUGUUAUUUGAGUUAAUUAGAUGCGCAAUAGAGGGAGCAGACAUUCAAAGUGUCCCUGUACUUUUGAUACAUCUUGGUGACAUAUCAAAGGUUUUUUGAUCAUUGUGGAUCCAAGCCCUGAAAUCCCACCAGUCGCUGGAAGGAGGAGAGAGAAGUACUCACACUGAGAGCCCUCUCCUCACUGCUGGAAACGGACUGGAGACUCAUAUUGAGCUCGUCUUCAGCAGUUAGGAGAUACAGUGGUCUGUGUGAGCAAUCAGUUGGGGUGUCAUGGCCCGGACCACCACCGAUCAAAUCCUUUCUUAUGUCACUAGAACAUAUCAAAAGUUCGUUUUUUAAAGUACAAGUCCUCUUUAAAUUACAUUUGGAACCCUGUACCUUGGGAACUCAGACGCCCCUCUCACAAUUUUACUAGAUGAAGCUAUUUCCCUAUAUGGAUACUAUACAGCUGGACAUGCAGGGAGAUCCACAACAGCUGAAAAGCAACCAGUUGAAGACCGCUGCUGGAUAGUGUGCCAUUAUAAGGUGGAGUAUGUAUCAGUAGCAAUAAGUCUGGACUUUUUGUAUUUUCUCUUGAGGAUGUUUCACUAGUCUUCAGACUGGCUUUCUCAAUUACAGUGACUUGUACAAGAAAUCCCCUGCAUUAAAUACUGGUGACCAGUAGCU